UUAAACAAACAUAAAUAAACACUUCACACGCAACACGGGCGCCUUUGUGAGUUUCGUUGAAUGAUCUGUUGAAAUUAAUCCAUAGCAGAAAGUAAUGAAAUAAACGUUGUCAGGAUAGAAUAUUUUCUGCUGUACCGUCAUUUCUGCGAGCUCUCAAGAUAAAAUGAUUCUCAGAUAUUCACUCGUGCUCUUUGCAAUUUUAUUUUCUUCAUCUUACUGUGAUGUUGGUUCUUGGAUUGAUCCAUCAGACCCUCACGCCUUAGAUCGCAUCUCGAGGACAUCUAACCAGGGAGCUCCAAAACGGCCCACUUCAAAAUUUGCUGACCUAGACAUUUACGACCCUCAUGGAAUCAAUAUUCCAGCGUCAAAGAUUAACAAGGAUGACAAAGAGCCCACUUCAAAUUUUGACGACCUAGCUGUGGACCCUUACGAUCCUCAUGGAAUCAAUAUUCCAGCGUCAAAGAGAAACAAGAACGACAAAAACUCUGAUGAAAGCAUGAGCAAGCUCCAAAAAGAACUUGUAGACUGCAAACAGAAAAGCGCUGCGGAACCCCAAGACCAUUUGAUGAAUUCUCUUCUGCAGCGACAGGCAUCAAUGAUUUUGAAGGCAGCAAAUUUGUUGACUAUACCAGCUGAGAGUUCUUCUUGCUACGAAAAAUACAUGAUUGUCACCUUGAACCAAGAAGAUCUGACAAAAUUGCAAGAUUUCGCAACCACCGGCAAAAUUGACCCGCACACUCUGGAUGAAAUUUGGAGCAGAAUGCUGGUUCCGGCAGACAAUCCAGAUGUAGUUCGCUGGCAUGAUUUGUCUUAUUGGAAGCCAGAAUUUUCGAUUUCAAGAGAGACGUUCUGCAUGUUUGUUGCCGUUGGAGGUGUUAUUGCAUUAAUCAUCAUGAUGGCUAUGGGCGUUCCUCUAACUCGGAUCAUCCUGAUUGUUCUUGUGAUGGCAUUUGCAUUCAGUGUCACAAUGAGAGCUUUCCGCAUGCACCAGGCAAACACUGCUCGACUUCACAGUUUGAGAAACCCAGAUACAAUGAAGGACAUGCCAAGUGCAUGCAGGCCUUUUGACAGAAAUGUUUGGGAAGACAUCAGGCAUAAAAUCUUUUCAUCAAUGAAAUUUGACGAAGAGACCUGCUCAAAAUACUACGAAGAAGGAUACACAGACCCUAUGACACAAAUCGAUAUUUAUGAGUUGAUCAUCAUGCAAUUCAGUGAAACUGCUGUCACGGUCAGCACAUCGUUUGGGAAGGCUUUCGGUGCAUUUUUCGAGAACGCAUUCGGUGAUUUAUCAGGGUGGCUAGCUUCAGCCGUCAGAACUGUGGCUAAACUUGCUGCGUUGUUAAUCAUUCUCGUCGUGAGCGUCUUUUCAUUUAUUUGGUUGGCGCCCUCAUUGAUUAAAGAGUCAGUGAGAUCUACUUUUCAUGCAAUUACCAAUCGAAAUCAGCAUGAGGUGCCACCUUUGACGAGCCGUCAACAGCCGGCCCCAAUCAUCGUAAACGUCAAUUUGCCUUCUGGGGGAAUCAUAAGCAAUGAAAUUACUCCCCCUCGGAGGCUGUCUGAACCAGCACCACCCAUUGAGGCAGUCCCUUACGCGGAAUCGAGCAAACUGAAGAGGCUGCUCUCCGAACCAGCGUUCAAGGCGUCCGAACGCUUGGCCCCAAUCGUGGACUCUGCAGAACCCCCGUUGGUGGAUGUGAUAGAGCAUACACAAAUCCCCUCUGACGUUCUUCCUGAUGCAAGUGAAGAUGCGCCAUGUACCCAGCUCGAAGAAGGAGAGCAAAAGCAAAAGACUGAAUCCAGUGAUGAGAUCUCAAUUCCCUCCAACUUAAAAUUGCCUGUCGUUGAUUUAGACAUGGAUAACUCGUUAUCAAAUUCCAGCACAGAGCCAGACAGUCCCUCUAGAGAUGCAAUUUUAGCUCCAAAGGAAGUUAAAAGUCCGUUCUUAACUGAAUUGGAAAGACUUGUGGAUGAUGAGCAAGCAGGUCGUGUUGAAGAGUGAUUUUUUAAUGACAAACACUUCAUUUGAUGGAGUGGAUUAUUUAAUUGUUUUGCAUUUGCAUCAUGUAGAUUUUGCUUUCCUGCCAUAUUAAUGUAUUCAUUUUAUAAAGAAAAAUCAGAAUAAACAGCUCUUUUUAAGCUGUGUUGUGUAUAUUGACAGACAUAACACCUAACAUGUGAAAAUAAAGUGAUAUUGAUUAUAUUCUCUAGUUAACAAA